UGCUAGACAUAUUUUGGAUACACAGUUGCGUAACAUGACGAUCCGACGACGAGGGAAUGCACCUUUGGCUAUCUGGAACCAGCGUACUUUUAAAAAUUAUGAACCGGGCGCAAGCAAAUAAGAAAUUAAGUCAGUGACAGACUUCCUGCCAGUUACAGUACUGAGUUCCGUAAGCCGCUAACUGUAAAAUGCAACAGCAGGCAAACCGCACACUGCGUGACAUCACAGAGAGUGGCAAAGGACUGGAUCGCCGCGAUGGGCUCCAUGUGUCUGCUCUUUUUGUUCUUCUUCUUCUUCUCCCGACACCCCCUCAUCUUUACAAACAAUGCUUGAUGUCUUUCGAGUCACUGGUGGAGGGAAAAUCCUGCCAGGGGUGACACGCACUGGACAAAAAAGAAACGUUUUCUUUAAGAUGCCGAGAUAAGACCAUGAGUGGGAGACUCUUUAUUAGCCGAUGCGUGGAUUGUGAAGACCGCUUAGUUGUUCCAAAGUAAGACGAAGAAAAAUGAGCCAAAUUGAAGAUGCUGCGAACGUCAUCUAUGUGCCUUCAGACAGGUGGAGCCGUUGGUGUUGUUUAGUAACAAUUCUUAUUCUGUCUCUGGCUUUACUCAUUUCGAAUGGGAAUUUUAAGUGCGCUGAAUGUUCACCAAAGCCUGAACUACAUUAUGCCAAGAAUGUUGCACCCAUCCAAGAUGUAUUUCUACUGAACUUCGCAAAAAAGCAGUACAAGGCAUAUAUUUUUGUUUCUGGUGUUGAAAUGGAGAAUGAGGCAGUAGUAUGGCGAUUGGAGGAAUCUAUGCAUCAAAAUAUGUCUGUAAAUAAAACAUUACUGACUGCUGAAGAAGAUGGAAUUUAUUUAAUUUACUUCCAGAUCUCAUUUCAUAAACCUUGCAAUUGUUCUGAAAUAAGUGUACUCUUACUUUAUAAUAGGGCAGAACAUUAUUCGGCUACAUAUAAGAACAAAUGCCCAGAAACAGUUAAUGGAACCAGCACAGACUCUGUAAGCAGUGCAGUUUUCCUGCAGCUUAAGAAAGGAGAUAACAUAACAGUGCAGGCAAAACCCUCAGAGAAAGUGGAUAUGCAUCAUAACCCUAAACAUACAUAUCUAAUGGCUUUUAAAUACUGUGAUCUUAUAGAAAGCAUGGAAUAAAGCAGAGAACAUUGUAUUGCAGAUAAACUGGUUAUCAUUUCAGUCUAUCUCUAAUAAGCAUAGCACUCUAGAUAACUAUUUUUUCUGAUUUUCUUCAAAACGUGUGCGGUAUGUUUUAUUGUGCAUUUCCAUUUUUAUGACAUAAUGUAGUUUUGAUUAACCUAACUGAAAUCCUCAAAUAAAAUUGAGAUUUGUACCGAAAUAAAAUUUAUUUUCAGAUCUAAACAGAUGCAGCUUAAUGAAGAUUUACAGUAUAUUCCUCAGGAUUUUUAUUUCAGAGACAUAAGUGCAAAAAGAACAAAAUUUUUCUCCAUCCUAAAAUUAAAUCUGCAAUGAGUGACCAAAAAAUAAAAAUGGAAAUGCAGAACAUUAUGUAUAGGAACAAAAUGUAGAAGUUGUUGCUGUUAAAUGUCAAGACACCAUUCUUGUUAUUUAUUAGUCUUCCACUAAAUAUUUAAAAAAAAC